AAUUAAGUGAUUUAUAUUGUCAAGGAAUGAUAUCUUAGUGGUGAAAAACAAAAAGUACUAACUCCCUUGUUCUUCAACAACUAAGCAAUAGAGUGUUUGUUCUUUGCUGGUUGGUGUUGGGUUGUAAGAAACUCACCAUUAGAGCAAUAGAGUGUUGUUUGGAAGAAGAAUAAGAACUAGAAAUCAAAAUGGGAAGUUCGAAAACAAGCAGUGAUGUUUCCGAUAGCAGUAGCUCUCAAACCGAACUCGAGAAUCACAUUUCCGCUUCUCCCUACGCUGAAGGAGAGAAAGUCCUUGCUUUCCACACUGAAUUUCUUUAUGAAGCCAAGGUUAAGCAAAUUGAGUACAAGCAUAAACGAUGGAGAUUCUUUCUUCAUUAUCUUGGAUGGAAGAAAAGGUAAGGUUGCUUGUGAUGAUGGUGUUGUUGAUGAUGAUGAUUAUGUGAAGAAUUGUGGGUUUGAUUUUGUUAGGUUUUGUGUUUUUUUUUAUUGCAGUUGGGAUGAAUGGGUUGUUAUUGAACGGUUGAUGAAACAUACUGAGGAAAAUAUGCGGGUAAAACAUGAACGUGAUGCAAAAUAUGGCAAUGAAAAGAAUGCGAGAAAGCCGCGUGCAUCAUCGAAGGGUUCGAAUGUAGCGAGAGGCAGGAAACGGAAGAAUGAUUCUCUGGUUAAGGAAAAAACUGUGGCUCUUCCUGAUAAACUUGCCAACUUUCAGAUUCCACCAACACUAAGGAAGCAAUUAGUUGAUGAUUUUGAGUUUAUUACUCAUCUUGGCAAGCUUGUUAAACUUCCACGUACUCCUAAUGUGAAUGAUAUAUUCAAGACUUAUUUUGACUACAGAUCAAAGAAAAGUGGACCGAUAGCUGAUUCGGUUGAAGAAAUUAUGAAAGGACUGAGUUGUUACUUUGACAAAGCGUUGCCAGUGUUGCUCUUGUACAAUAAUGAGCGUCAGCAGUACAAAGAAGCUUGUCCAAAUGAUAUUGUUCCUUCUUCUAUAUACGGUGCUGAGCAUUUGUUACGUCUCUUUGUUAAAUUGCCAGAGUUGUUGUUCCAUGCUAACAUUGAAGGCGAUACAUUGGUAGAACUCCAGGCACAAGUAAUUGACUUUCUCAGGUUCUUGCGAAAAAAUCAGAGAGCAUUUUUCCUUUCUUCUUAUCAUGUCCAGGAAGAUGUUGAGAACAGCAGUGACAAACGAUUUUGCACAUAAUAUCACAGAGCAUCUGCUGUUGCAGAAUGCUUGUUAAAAAUGCAGUUUAUUAACAGAUCAAAAUGUUGUCACAUUAGGUUUGUUGAGUGUUACUUGUAGUCUUGGUAAUCCAACCUUUUCGGGGUAAAUGGAGAUGAACUAUUUAAAGGAUGCUACUGACCCUCAUUUUAAAAUGUCAGUUGCAUCUCUGAAAUUUAUUUAAGGUUUAGUCUGUUGUUGAACGAAAAGAUUUCUAUCGAUGAGGUUUGUGGUUGAGUA